UUGGAUUCUGUCUUUAUUCUUGUUUAGUUUCAAAAUACCUUUGUCGUGGAUCAAACAUGCUUAGGAGUUACUUUUACCCUGUUUUUAGCUUUUUUCGAAUAACUGUUAAAUGGAUACGAAGUUAUCUCUAUGGUGUAUCAUUUCUGUAUCUUCUCAAUUCCAACAGAGAGGUCGUUUGGCCAGUUGAAACUAUCUUCCUACAAGGAAUCAAAUGUUAUUUGAUAUUGCCCAAGAAGAUUGACAAAAACAGAAGUACUGUUAUUCUAGUACACGGUUUGAGUCCCUCAGGAAUUGAUGAUCCACGAAUAUUGGAAAUAGGCAAGAUAUUUGCUCUUCACGGUGCAAUUUGUCUGAUUCCGACCAUCGAACCUUUGAAGAGUUGUAGUUUGAGCAUUACUUCGGUUGAUAUUAUAGAGCAAGUGGUGUACCAAACAGCAAACAAUGCCUAUCUAUGUCCAUGUGAAAAAGUCUCAAUAUUUGCAGCAUCCAUUUCUGCCAGUAUCUGUUUGGUUGCCUCAAGUCGUCCUUCAAUAAGCAAGUUGGUUAUUAAUAUUUGCUGUAUUGGAGCAUAUGCUGAUACUCGUUCUAUGCUGAAGUAUGUAAUUGAAUCGAAUGAACUUCCGGACGAUUAUGGAAGAUCCGUUUUCUUCUUUAACUUUGUGGAAUUAAGUUUUGGACCACAACCUCAACUGAAACAAGCUUUAUGGUACAGGAUUUUAGACGGUCAUAGAUCGGCGACCGGAACGAAACAUGAACUGCUAAAUAAGUUCCUUAGUGAUAAACAGCUUGUAGCACGGCAGUUUCAUAAUCUUUGGAAUAAUAGUGAUCUGCGCUCUCAGUGUGCCGAGCAGAUUCUUCUGAAGAUACAAGAUAGAUUGAAUGCGUUGUCACCAUUACAGACUUUGGGGAGAAUUAAGUGCCCUUGUAUCAUUCUUGUUCAUGGCUGCAACGAUCCUGUCAUUCCAUCCAUUCAUUCUCGUCUACUUUAUCAAGAGUUGAAGAAGAACCCUGAUGUCAGGACAUAUUUGUGUUUGACUCCUUUUUUGAGCCAUGGAGACAAACAAAAGUUAGCAAUGAGUGCAAUUGGUUCCCUACUACAUCUUCUCGGAGCAUUUUCAGUCUUUUACUUCGCGUCCUACAUUGACAAUUCCUUGAAAAGAUAGUAAUCAUUUACUAAUGAAGACAGCAGUA